CUCCACACUGACGUAAGAGGGUUGGAGAGGUUGGUGGACCCUGCAGAAGGAGGCAGAUAACCGUGAUGAGGACCAGACUGGGAAAACGAAAAUGCAUCAUAACCGGGAGGAGCAGUCGGGAAAUCCAAUUACUGCGCAGCACGGGACAGCGCACCACAGUGACUCCAACAGCCUGGGGAGCAGCUUGGGCAGCGGGCUCUCUGACCCCCAGCCACCUGCCUACUCUAAACUGGAUUUUAGAAGAAAUGCAGUGACAGAUGACUAUAAAAUCACCACUCAGGUUCUCGGCCUGGGAAUCAAUGGCAAAGUGCUGGAAUGUUACUGCAAGAAGACCGGAGAGAAAUGUGCCCUCAAGAUUCUGUAUGAUACUCCUAAAGCGAGACGGGAGGUUGAGCUGCACUGGCGAGUGUCUGGAGGUCCCCACAUCGUCCCGAUACUCAGUCUGUAUGAGAAUAUGUACCAGGGGAAGAAGUGCCUCCUCAUUAUAAUGGAGUGCAUGGAGGGAGGAGAGCUAUUCAGUCGCAUUCAAGCCAGAGGGGACCAGGCCUUCACAGAGAGAGAGGCAUCAGAGAUCAUGCAUGACAUCGGCAUGGCCAUCGAGUACCUCCACCACAUGGACAUUGCUCACAGGGAUGUGAAGCCUGAAAACCUUCUGUACACCACCAAGGAGAGUAACGCCACACUGAAACUGACCGACUUUGGCUUUGCCAAGGAGACAACACUGCACAACUCCCUCCAAACUCCCUGUUACACUCCAUAUUAUGUCGCCCCAGAAGUGCUUGGGCCAGAGAAAUAUGACAAAUCAUGUGACAUGUGGUCUUUGGGCGUAAUCAUGUACAUUCUUCUGUGUGGGUUUCCUCCGUUCUACUCAAACACAGGUCAGGCCAUCUCUCCAGGCAUGAAGCAGAGGAUCAGGCUGGGCCAAUAUGAGUUCCCCAACCCUGAGUGGGUUGACGUUUCCGAGGAAGCCAAACAGCUCAUCGUUCAGUUACUGAAGACAGACCCCAGUGAAAGGAUGACCAUUGGACAAUUCAUGAACCAUCCCUGGAUUAGUCAGUCAAUGGUGGUCCCUCCAACACCCCUCCACACUUCUCGUGUUUUGACAGAGGACAAGGAGCUGUGGGAGGAUGUGAAGGAGGAAAUGACCAGUGCCCUGGCCACCAUGCGUGUGGACUACGACCAGGUGAAGAUCAAAGACCUGGACACAUCCAACAACCCUCUGCUCAAUAAGAGACGCAAGAGGCCCAUGCCUGGAGGAGCCGACAGAGGAGGACAAGCUGAUGGAGGAGAUGGAGAAGGAGGAGUGGUGCGUAAUAGUCACAGAGAAGUGACAUUUUCAGAAGAACAUGGGAAAAUGAUUAUUGGGCAAAAGUAGCAUAAAAGCCAGAGUGAGCAUAUUUUCCCAUCUACAUGUCCCUUGUAUUUUACUUACUUGUUCUCAAUUUUCUUAUCACUGCACUCAGUAGUUUAAUGAAUGUCAUUUAUUUUGAUUGGCACUAUGCUAACAUUUUAAAUAAAAUAGUGUUUUUUUUUAUGUUUUAAA